AUGAGGGGCGCCGGCCUAGCAUGUCGUGAGGGAGGCGACUCGGUGCUAGUGCUAUUGGUCGCGAGGGAGGUUAUCCGGCGCCGUGAUAUUAUGCUUGCAAGACGCAUGUGCGAGGUUGAGUGUGAGGAGUCGUUAUCGCGCACGAGGGAGGCUAUGUGCGAGGAGCCGCGGAUGGGCAUGAGGGAGGUUAGGCACGAGGCAUUGACCAACUACUUACGGGCGUUUAAACAAGCUACUAUUAUGUGCGAAGGAGAGAGGGCUUUAAGCGAGGUUGGGCGUGCGAAUUGGGCAAUGAGGAGGCGAGGAAGGGAUGUUUGGGGCUGUGGGGCAUUGUGA